AUGAGGCGCAAGGAAAACAACUCCGCCCCGUGUUUGCUUUCGCAUCAUUACAAGGUGGUGGCACAGCCACUUUUUAAAUAUCGAGCGGCUGGAAAGAGGGGCGAACCAGUGGCGGACAGCUCGCAGCCGGCUACCUGCCGGGCGGCUGGCGCCAGCAGUAGCAGCAGCAGCGAAAGCGGCCGCCGCUGCCGCGCCGGCGAACGGACGGCUCCCGGAGAUGAGGCACUACCAGGGGCCCCGCUGCCGCUGCCGCUGCCGCUGCCGCUGCACGCCGUGAGCCCCGAGAUGCGCGGCCGGACGCACCUGCUGCCUCCGCCGCCGCUGCUGCUCUUCUUCCUGACGGUGCUCGCUCUCCAGGCACGUCGAAACGACGCUCAAGGGAUGGAGGUGAGGGUGCAGGCGCUUGUCGGAGAGAAGGCGCUGCUGCCGUGUGACGUCACACCUCCCACCGCGAAUGACACGGCGACUCUCGUCAUCUGGUUCAAGGACGAAAUCACGCCCAUCUACAGCUACGACGCGCGCGGCAAAUUCUCGCAGGAGACGGAGCACUGGAAGCAACGGCACGUGCUGGGCGAGCGCGCCAGCUUCGAGACGGCGGGCGGCGGCGCCACGGCGGCACUCACCUUCCGGCGCGUCGUCGAGCGCGACCAGGGCGUCUACCGCUGCCGCGUCGACUUCCGGCUGUCGCCGUCGCGCAACACCCGCUUACACCUCACCGUCGUCGAUUGA